GGUGUGCACAUGUACCCGUUUGUAUUGCUAACUAAGGUGAAGCAGACAGAGACAGAGACUCCUCGUGCUGCUGCUGCUGCUGCCUGCCGAUGCCGAUGGCUGGCUGGCAGUGAUGAAUCAAUGGAUCGCCCUUUUUCGGUUAUCGCUCAUACGAUUCGGAUCGGACCCUCUCGCUGACUUGUGCGUGCGUGUGUGCUUGAUGCGUGAAGACCUCCUUCUUAACCAUCCUGGUGCGUUUAUAUCUCUCUCCCUCCCUCUCUCUGCGUGUCUCUGAGUGACUGGCAACCUGAUUUGCAGAGAGACAGACAGCCAGACAGAGAGCCGGACAGCCAGAAGGAAUCAUCGCUACUGGCCGUUGUGCAGUAAGUACCGUGUUAUAAUUGGAGUCGUACGUGUUUGUGUACAGAGUAUAAAAGUACCCGUACAUAGAGACGCGUACGUGCGGGUGUGGUGUGGGUCUCUGUCGGUGUGGGAGAAGGCAAUGAAGGAGUGCAACAACCCUGGCCUGCUCGACGCAGCCAUCGUCUGGGUCGUUAUGGCCCUUCUUUGUCUGCUCACACACAGACAAAGCCCACUGCCUGCCUGGUGUGUAUACCUGAGUAAACCUGACUGACUUGACCGAAAGCAUCUUAGCGCUCAUGUUCCCCUCCCUCCCUGUCCCCUACAACCUGACUGACGUGAUGUGACGUGUCGUCUCGUCUCUUGAUGUACAGCUGGAUGUCAUCGUAUAUAUAGCUGCUGUGGAUGGAUGGAUGGACUCACUCAGUGUGUAUUUGUCAGACAGACGGGCGGGGGGGCGGCGAGGCAGGCAGGGAUCGGAGGGACGUGUGUGUAUGUAUAUCGUUCAUACAUAUGGCAAUGGGCAAUGGCAGCACCUGAGCCAGGGGAGCUGUGUGCGUGCAUGUGUGUGUGCCGGUCUCUGACUGGUCAUCGAAGCACAUGGAUGCCUUUUUUCGUGUCAAUUCGCUUCUUUGUUUUGCGCGCCAACCUCAGCUACGUAUCUAUCGCAGCCAUUUCUGGGUGCAUUCAUGUGCAAUGUGUAUGUGUGUGUGUGUGUGCGGGAGAGGGCGGGUGGGUGGUGUGACCAAAUCUCUUGCUGCCAGCUGAAAGGGACUUCAUUCAUCGCCUUGAUAGUCAGGUGUGUGCAUUUGUGUGUGGACCGAGAGGAAGUGACACCGGGUGCAUAGAACGGUCACUUGUCAUUUUACAUCGGGAAGAAGUGCACACAUGAAAAACCUGACUGGCAAUGGUACAGCAAACAUCGCAGACGGGCGAUGGAUGCAGCAAGGGUUCUGUACACUCAUGCAACUCACACACGCCCUCAGCAGCUCAGCAAGGGUUCAGCUUAUCGAGGCAGAGCGACAGGUCAGGCAGCAGCAGGAGCGGCUUGCUCAUGCAGAUCUCGAGAGGCGGCUGGCAGCUGUGGAGAGGCAGCAGGCGGCCUGGCGCGAUGAGCAGCAGACAGCCACCAUCAGGCAGCUGCAGGACAGCAACGCGGCGAUGAUGCAGGCCAAGAUAGAUGCGCUGGAGGCGCAGCUGGUGGAGGGUCACACGGCACUGGCCGAGAGUGAGGAGCGGGUGAGGACAGCCCGACCCGAUGUCGAGGCGCUAAAGGCGGAGCUGGCGCAGCAGCGAAUUUCCAAGACAGCUGCCGAGGCGCAGCUGCGUGAGCGGGAUGGAAAGCUCAGCCGUGCGCAGAAGGACAUUGAGGCGUUCAAGGCCGAGAUGGCGGGAAAACAAAAGUGGCUGACCGAGGCUGAGAGGACCAUCAAGACCCUGCAAGCGAAGCAGAAAGGAGAUGAACCACCCGCCACCUUUUUUGUCGUUUUGGGCUUGUUUGGUAGUCUUUGUGUCCUGUCCUGCGGCAAGGUACUUGCCUGCCCUGCCCCAUUCUUUCCAUCACUCCUCGACCUAGCGAGCGUGGUGAUGAGCGUUUUGGGGCUGCUUUGUGUGAGCAUCACAGAGGCGGCUCAGCAGCCGGGAGUUGGACGGCGUGACUGCUGAAAACAAGAACAAGGGUGGCUGAUAGGACAUGAAGGGCACUGAAGACAGAGCGAUCCUUUUCCUCUCUGUGACUGAUGAAUGGAUGGAUGGUCUUCUGGCUGAUGUCGUGGUGUGUCGUGAGUGUGCCGUGCCUGCCCUUCCUCUGAUGAUCAGAGGUUGCUAAAUCUCCUGGUCGGCGAUUCGUACAGGCAGGCAGGCAGAUCGAUCGAUCAUAUGCAUUUUUGCUAUCCUGCCUGUACCAUCGUUCACACGUAUGGCAAGUGUGCAUCUGCAUCUGUUACUCAUUUUGCGUAGCGAGCAGAUGGAUGAGGCCGGCAAUAUGACAGCGUGUGGCUGUGUAGCUGAGACCUUACCUUGCAUGUCAUGUGUGUUUAUCUAUUGACUGGUUUAUCAAUGCAGUGGCGUGACAGACAG